UAUUUCCCUUGAAUUGUGACACCCCAUUAUUAUUCGUCUGCAAGGUCGCUUGAAAUACAUAGUCUGUCAUAGAUUAAAAGCAUUUUGUUACAAGACAAAUGAAAAUGUGUUCUGAGACAGUGACAAAGAUUCUUCUUGUCAUCUUCAAUUUGUUUUUUGUGACGGCUGGACUUGCGACUGCAGGUAUUGGUAUUUAUGUCCUCUUUACAAGGGAGCAGUUUGAGGAACUAAUAGGCUCCUCCCUCAUCAACGUCGGGGCGUAUAUCGCAAUAGCUGGUGGAGGAAUUGUGGUGUUCAUUGCCCUAGCAGGAUGUGUGGGAGCACUCACAGAGAGCAGAAAACUCCUACUUGUGUAUAUUAUCUGCCUUGUGCUGGUGUUCAUAAUAGAAGCAGCUGCUGGAAUUCUUGGAUUUCUUUACUACGACAAGAUUCGUGCAGAAUUAGACGAUCGUGUGAAGAAGGCUCUGUUAGACAAAUAUGGGUACGAGGAGUACAAUGCUGUCACUGAGGGUAUCAAUAUCCUACAGCAGAAGAUCAACUGUUGCGGUUACACUGAACCAGAAGACUGGUCUGCCUCUGCCUACUACACGGACGCCGACACGGCUGCUGAGCGGGGAACCAACAAAGUCCCGAUUUCAUGCUGCAAAGACAUGCUGGUACCCGGCUGCAAUGACAAUUUUGAUGACAAAAUUCACUCCGAUGGAUGUGUAACUGAACUGGAAUCCAUUUUGAAGACAAAUUUGAUGAUCGUUGGAGCCGUCUGUUUGUCUGUCGCUAUGAUACAGCUGAUAGGCAUCGUGUUGUCAAUUGUGUUGUGGAAGAAAACGAAGGAACAAGAAAUUUCCUUCUAGUCGCAGAUCUUGUGCAGCACACUCUGGAAAGAAAUACAUUGCAAAUCUUAACAAAAUAUAUAAAUAAGAUUAUCAAAUUGUUCAAAUAAUGUUAAACAGCAACAUAUAAUUUAGCUUAUAAAUAUUUUGGACAAGAUGGACUAUUCAUUUGUAUCUGAUACAAGAUGUUAAAUGGAUUGAAGAACAUUUUGCUAGCAGUAUGAAAAAAAAAAUCUGAUUGAAUGAAAUUCAUGAAAAUUGCAAACUGUUAAAUAUAAGUUUUUUAAAACUAACUUGCCAUCUUCAUUUCUGUUACAUUUUGUAUUUAUGUUUAAGUCUUCAAAUGUAAAUAAUGUUUAAUUUUAGGUUUUAUUACGUAAUAAAUGUCGAUUUGUAAGACCAUUAAUUAACUGAUUGAUUAACGUUUUAUUGUUUCAGAUGUAUGUUUUUUUUGAAACGUUAUAUCAGCGGUAUAUCAUUUCUCUGGCAAUAAAAAUAGUUGCAUGUUAAAACA